CGUGACUUUGCUCCGAGACAUUCCUUCAUGGCAUCAGAGUGGAGGGAAUGGAAGCUCUUAGCAUCCCUUUUCACUAAGUAGUACAGAAGAAAAGAAGAGAGGAGAGAAAUUCUGCUAGUGCUAGAUAAUUGCACGGCUUAUUUGUCGUCUUCUUGGUCGAUGCCUGUGCCUCUAAUUGAAUCUUGAACGAGAUAAUCAGUCAGUAAUCCCUCGAGCAGACCCAAAAAGCCAGUGGCUGGAUGGUACACUUCACUGUAGGAAUGAGUGCCUAGAGUUUUGCUUUCUUGCUUUGAUGGUGCAAACGAUAAUGGGUCUGGAGAGUGGUAAACUGUUCUUGCUGGGUAGGGUGCCGGUCAAAAUUACCACUAUGCAUGCUCUUUGACCUCUUUUAGAACGUUUCAUCUAUUUUCUAAUGCCUUGAGUUUCAUAGAGGAUGGAGUUUUUCUCCCUAGCGAAAGGUGUUCGAGAAUUCACGAGUCGCGGUCCCUUCUUUGGAAAGAUCAGAUCGACGGUACUUACAAAUCCCAUCCCAUGCAUGGGUCGGUAUGUUAUUGCCAUUUGCCACUCCAUAUGAUUCGACUACCUUUGCCUAUUAUGAUUAGGCAAUUCUCCAAUAAACCACUUUAACGCUCCUCCUAAACAGCGCCAUCUCGAAAAUACUUUUUCUAUUUCUUGGACCCCAAAGACGAUAUCAAGAGUAAGUUAAACUUCUAGCCCCUACAACGUCCGAGGUGACAUCUUCCAACUAGAAUGAAGCUUUCCUCGACGUCCGAGGUUAUGGAUGCUUCAGCAGUAGUCUUUGGCUCCAAGGACUUAAGGGUCGCUGAGAAUGCGGAAUCAACUUAAAGAGACGCUGACAAAGGCGACGCUUCGUACCCAUCAACCCAUGCAGCUCUCUCGCUUCUUGUCCAAUGCACUUGCCCGCCAAACGGCGCGCUCCUCCGUCCUUCAAAAUCCCUCAAAGUCGAAUGCUUUACGUUCCGACGGUUGUUUGAGGGAGGCGUUGCUGGAGAUGGCCAUUCGAGGCCCUGAAAUGGUGUUUGCAGGAUACGUCGCGCUCUUGGACGAGUGCGUGGAGAAGAGGGCGUUGAGAGAAGGCCAAAGAGUCCAUGCCCACAUGAUCAAGACGUGCUAUCUCCCGCCAGUUUAUCUCUGGACUCGGCUUAUGGUUUUCUACACCAAGAAUGGGCUAUUGGGUGACGCGCGCCGGGUGCUCGACGAAAUGCCGCUCCGAAAUGUGGUCUCUUGGACGGCCAUGAUUUCGGCUUAUUCCCAGAAAGGGUAUGCCUCUGAAGCUCUGGAUCUUUUCCAGCAGAUGUUGAGAUCAGAGACAGAGCCAAAUGAGUUUACGUUCGCCACGAUUCUUGCUACAUGCACGGGGGCGUCGGGUUUUCAGUUGGGAAGGCAAGUCCACUCUUUAGUCAUUAAGAAUAAUUAUGAAUCCCAAAUAUUUGUCGGGAGCUCACUCCUUGACAUGUACGCCAAGGCUGGCAAAAUCCAUGAAGCACGAGAAGUGUUUGAGUGCUUGCCCGAAAGGGAUGUUGUUUCUUGUACUGCUAUAAUCUCAGGUUAUGCUCAGUUAGGUUUGGAUGAAGAGGCCAUAGAAUUAUUUAGUAGGUUGCAGAGAGAGGGGAUGGAUUCGAAUUAUGUUACUUAUGCAAGUGUCUUGACUGCUUUGUCUGGGCUUGCUGCAUUGAAUCAUGGCAGGCAGGUCCAUGGUCAUGUCCUUAGGCGUGAAGUCCCCUUUUAUGUUGUUCUGCAGAAUUCUCUCAUAGACAUGUACUCAAAAUGUGGAAGUGUUACCUACGCAAGACGAGUUUUCGAUAGCAUGUCCGAGAGAACUGUCAUCUCGUGGAAUGCUAUGCUCAUGGGUUACAGCAAACAUGGAAUCGGGAGACAGGUCGUUGAGCUUUUCGAACUCAUGAGAAAAGAAAAAAAGGUUGCGCCUGAUAGCGUUACACUCUUGGCUGUUUUAUCUGGCUGCAGCCAUGGGGGAUUGGAAGAAAGAGGGCUACAGCUUUUCCAUGAGAUUAUAAAUGGGGAACAUGGAGUUCAACCAGAGAUGGGGCAUUACGGGUGUGUAAUUGACAUGCUUGGGCGUGCUGGUCAGCUGCAAGAGGCUUUUGAACAUAUACAACGGAUGCCUUUUGAGCCGACUCCUGCUAUUUGGGGUUCACUUUUAGGUGCUUGUAGGGUUCACUCUAAUGUUGACAUUGGUGAACUUGUCGGCCAUAAGCUUCUUGAACUUGAGCCUGAAAAUGCUGGGAAUUAUGUGAUUCUUUCUAAUUUAUAUGCUACAGCUGGGAGGUGGGAAGAUGUAAGAAAUGUGAGGCAUUUGAUGAAGGAGAAGGCAGUGAUAAAGGAGCCGGGAAGGAGCUGGGUGGAGCUUGACCAGGUGCUCCACACUUUUCAUGCCAGUGAUCGUCUUCACCCAAGAAGGGGGGAGGUUUUUGAGAAGGUGAAGGAUUUAGCGCUCAAGAUAAAAGCAUUAGGUUAUGUUCCUGACUUGAGUUGUGCUUUUCAUGAUGUGGACGAUGAACAGAAGGAGAAGAUACUUCUUGGUCACAGUGAAAAGCUGGCCUUGGCCUUUGGAUUGAUGGGUAGUGCAGAAGGAGUUCCAGUCCGGGUGAUAAAGAACCUGCGGAUUUGUGUUGACUGCCAUAACUUUGCCAAAUUUGUCUCGAAACUCUAUGCAAGGGAAAUUUCUUUGAGGGACAAAAAUCGCUUCCACCAUAUUGUCAAUGGCAUCUGUACUUGUGGAGACUACUGGUGAUUUUUAUUAUGGUUCACGAGUAAGGCCUUAUUUGAUGCUUUGAAGAUACACCCCGAUGAGGUUAUAUGACAAUUUUGGGCGAGAAGAGAUAAUUGAAUUAUUGUAGAUGUCAGGUUGUCCAGGGGGAGCAAGUUGUAAAAUCCAUGACAGAUCAGGAAAAUACCGAGGCGCUGUUGCUCAGAAAAAAGAAAAUCCAAUAUCAUGCAGGUUUUGCUGCUCUCUGAGAUGACAUAUGUUAACCUCAGUUAGUGGGAUGGAGUAUGAUUCACGCCCCCUUUUUUACGUGCAGCGAACAGAGUUCUGGAAAACCUAUCUCAAAGUGUUGGUAUGAGAAGAUCGGGUGUUGUGAGUUCAGAGAUGGGGUUUGCUUGUCUGUAUCAACGACAGCACUUCAGUUGCCUCACUCCGAGGCGCAGAGUAACCUAAAGAUAGUCGGAUCAUUGACUCAAUCCUCUUUUGAAACGAGAACUUAAAUUAGGAUUCAUUUGACUUUGGGUAACUCGAAAGAUUCUGACUCGAGUAGAGUAAAAUGGUAAUUGAUUAGUGAGACUGAGUGUACGACUAAGAUAGGAUAUAGAGAAUGGCUAGGAUAUGAUGCUGUAUAGGUCUGAUUUCAGGCACUAGAGCUUUAGAGUUUUGAUGAAACUGAAUUUCUCCUGGUCAGUUGAUCCAAUUGUAGCUGCAGAUUCGUCCCAGGAGGUAAUAAAUGAACUUGUCUACACCAGCCACAUUCGGCUUUACCAUUCUUGACAUGGUUUGAUCCAGUGUUUGUGUCAAGCAUGUGGCUGCGUGAAUGGAGCAGAGAUGACCAAGCUGUACCGACUGUCGAUGUGUCAAAAUCUCGAUAACGAGGAAGCUCGGACAUCUUUGGUCGAAGUGCCCCGGAAAAGCACGAUCCUGCAAAGCGGACAUAUUUUCUCCUCUAGAGUAUAGCACAAGCCUUUUGUUAAUUAAAGUAGUGUCGUUUCUUGGCCAGUGGUAUGGAUAAUGUACUUCCAUCUCUUCUCUAAUGCUCUGUAUUUGUGAAUGAUAAGUGCAUGUAUUAUAUUACUCAUCAAAAGAAUAAGAGAUGUUUUGUAAGCAUCAAACUAGCUUUAGGCUCGUAAAACAAUUAUUUGAUCUGAUUGCCAUGGAC